AUGACUUCCGGUGUUGAUAAAUGGUUUAAAAUAGCAGUGAAUAUUAAAUAUUUGGAUAUUUCUACUGUAUUACAAAUCGGACAAAGUUUCCGUUGGGUAUAUAAUGGUGAGACAAACGAAUAUAUCAGUUCAAUAAAUUUGGAUCAUGAUAAAACCUUUGAUAUUGUAAAACUAAAACAAGAUGAUAAAUUCAUGUAUUACACGAGUGUUAAUAAUAAUAAUAAUAAACAAUUAUUACAUACUUGGGUUAGAUCCUAUUUUCUUUUAGAUAUUGAUAGGAAACAAUUAUUCGAGCAUUGGAAAAUUAAAGAUCCCAAGCACUUCAGUAAUUUAUCUCAUAUAGAACCACUGUGUUCUUCUUGCUGUAUUUUGCAACAAGAUCCGUGGGAAACUUUGCUUUCUUUUAUAUGUUCUAGCAAUAAUAACAUAUCUCGGAUUACCAAAAUGUGUCAUACUCUAACAGAAUUGGCUGGAGAUGAAAUUCCAAACUGCGAUCAAUUAUCACCACUGUAUACUUUUCCUAACAGUGGCCAAAUUAUCAAAGUAUUGACGGAAAGUAUCUUGAGGGAAAACGGGUUCGGCUAUAGGGCAAAAUACAUAAUCGAAACCGCUAAAAAAAUUGUUGACUUAAAAUUAAAAGAUGGUAUGAUGGAAUUAUCUGAUUCACAGUAUUUGAAGUGGAAAAUUUCAGGGAGCCCAUAUCUGGAAGCACGAGAAUUUGCUUUAGCAUUUUCUGGAGUAGGACCCAAAGUCGCCGAUUGUUUCCUGCUAAUGGGGAUGGGGUAUCAUGAUGUUGUCCCAGUUGAUGUUCAUGUAAAUAGAAUAGCCCAAAGAGACUAUAAAAUUACCAGCGGUAGUAGCAAUAAUAAAAAAACUCAAAUUGCAAAAUUGAAACUAGAAUAUACCAAAUAUCCAACAACUAGAAGGAAAAUCAAUUUUGAUCUAGAUCUAAUUAGGUUAUUUUUUCGUGAUUUAUGGGGUGCUUAUUCAGGUUGGGCACAGGCAAUCUUCUUUGCUAAAGAAGUUGGUAGCACAAGUGGCAUUGUAGAUGGGUCAGUCUCCAAAAGAAAAUUAUUAAUAAAAACUGAAGAUGACAAUAGUGCUGUCACAAAACGAAUUAAAGUUAAAUAA